GCAGGUGCCAAGAACAAAUUGUAUGACACGACUUUCUCGGGCAGCUAUCCUGGCGAUUUUUUUCUGGAAUGUCAAUUCAAGCUUCACAGCUCCAGGUCGAGCCCCCAAGCUCGGGGAUAUAAGUGCUUUCUUCCACCGCAGCACAAUGGCGAUGGCGGCGUCAAGGGGACACGGAGUCCACGUGAUUCGUUCCCUGACCGCUGCGUCUGGGUCGCCUCGGCCGUCGACAAGACAGGCUUGGCUGCGUUUGAGCGGUUCAAGCAAUUGUUGGCAGGCAUGUUUCUCAUCCGGCCAGUCAGCGUCGGCGUCGGCGUCUGCGACAAGUGUAUCGUCACCGGCCGCAGGCUCGAGUCCAGCCGGGACAUCUCAACCGUCGUCUAUUGAAGUCAAUGGGAGGACGUUUACCACGGACUCAUGGUUCAACGCGCCUGCCAACGUCUUGGCCUCAACGGCGCGCCAGCUGCAUCUGCAGAAAGACCAUCCCAUCUGCAUUACAAGACAGAUUCUAGAGUCGGUGUACCCGCGGCCGACAUUCAAGUCCCAUAACACGUUCCACCCUGUCGUCUCGACCCACGAGAACUUCGACUCGCUCGGCUUCCCGCCCGACCACCCCGGGCGGAAUCGGUCGGAUACCUACUAUAUCAACAAAAAUACCCUGCUACGGACACAUACGAGCGCUCAUCAGGCGAGCCUGUUCCGCGCCAGCGAGAGCGACGGCUACCUCAUCAGCGCAGACGUGUAUCGGCGGGAUGAAGUCGACAGGACGCACUACCCCGUGUUCCACCAGAUGGAGGGGGCGCGAGUAUGGGACCGCAAGAAGGUCCCGAACGGAGACAUCGUAGCGGCCGUGUACGCCGACCUCGAGCGCCUCCCGAAGCACAACGUCAAGGUGGAGGACCCCAACCCCCCGUUCCACGCAGAGCGGAACCCGCUACAGUCCGAACACCACUCUCCUGCCGAGGCGGAGGCCGUUGCAACACAUCUCAAGCGGUCGCUGGAGCUCAUGGUGGUGGAGAUAUUUUCCCGCGCUAAGGCUGCUGCUGCCAAAGCGGACCCGGACUACGUGGACGAACCGUUGCGGGUGAGGUGGGUCGAGGCUUACUUCCCGUUCACGAGCCCGUCGUGGGAGCUGGAGAUCUACUACCAGGGAGACUGGCUGGAGGUCCUGGGCUCUGGUGUCACGAAGCAGGACCUCUUCACCAAUGCUGGCGUGCCUUCGCAGUUGGGGUGGGCCUUUGGCAUCGGCCUGGACCGCAUAGCCAUGCUUCUGUUCCAGAUACCCGACAUCAGGCUGUUCUGGUCGACGGAUGAGCGCUUCCUCAACCAGUUCACGGGGGUGUCGGACAACUUGGAUUCGCUCAAGCGAUUUGUGCCCUUCUCCAAGUACCCAGCCUGCUACAAGGAUGUGUCCUUCUGGCUACGUUCCACCUCGGCGGCUGGGGGGAACACAAAGGCGAGCGUGCAGGACUGGCACGAGAACGACCUGAUGGAGGUCGUCCGCAACAUAGCCGGCCAUGACGUGGAGGACGUCAAGCUAGUGGAUGAGUUCUCGCACCCCAAGACAGGGCGGCGAAGCAUGUGCUAUCGCAUCAACUACCGCAGUCUGGAGCGGACCCUGACAAAUUCCGAGACAAAUCAGCUUCACAGCGAGGUCACCAAGGCGCUGGUGAAUAAGCUCGGCGUGGAGAUCAGGUAGACUGCCCGAGACAGCUUGCAGAGCAUCAAUAAUACGGGGCAAGUUGAACCGAGAUGGGGGGGGGGGGGGGGCUGAGCCUGCUCAUUGAUGCUCCAUCUCUAGAGUUUCGAGCCUAGAAUCCGGCUGGGGACACGCUUUUGCUCGGUCAGGACCUAGCUUGAUGUACGAUAAACACCUAAUAUGCAUGCAUGCUGUGCAA